GUUAAAGCAAACAUCGAAAAAGCUAGAUCAAAUCAAGAAAAUCAGAACAAUAACAAAGAGAACCCGCCUCAUUUAGAAAACCAGCAGGAAGUAUUUUUGAUACCCAACAUCAGGAAAAAACUAGACCCUAGGGCUAAACCGACUAACGCAAAUGCUAUUACUGACAAGACAUUUAAGAAUAACAAGGCCAUUAAAAGACACAAAAACAAGAUAAAAAGAUGUAGAAAAUCCUAAAUUACAUACUAAUGAAAUCUUAUAAUUUUUCUUAUAUUUUCAGAUGCACUCACUGACAAUAUCAUUUUUUAUUUUAAUACUUUCAACAACAGCUAAGUUAGAAUCUCUAGAAAUCAAAAAUUUGAUGAACGAUCCGAUCCUAUUGCUGAAGUUAAAUGAUUGCAAAUUACAAACAGGAUUUAUUAAAAUCAUUCAUCCGAUAAAUAUUACAAACUUAGAGAACAAUGUUUAUUUAUUUUCCAAAAUAGCUAGGCAGAUAAAUAGGGAAAUUCCAAUAUCAAAUCUUAUUUUUCAAAAAAGUAGGGAACUUGUUAAUAACCUGUACCAACUUAAACCGAUGAAAUCUAGGAGACCCAAGAGAUGGGACGCAUUAGGAGUCGCUUGGAAAUGGAUCGCUGGCUCCCCCGACGCCGAAGACCUGAGAAUAAUCAACACUACGUUCGAGGACCUUAUAUCCCAAAAUAAUCAACAAAUAAGAAUCAACAACGUACUCAACACCAAAAUCGACACAAUAAUGACGACUGUCAAUAGGCUUAUUGACCAACAAUCAACAGAAAACAAAAUCCUUUUAGAAGAAAUGGAUGCCAUAACACUACUUCUUUACAUGGAUACAACGAACAAAAUCCUGGAAGAUUUGGAAGACACAAUUCUGAGGACUCGGAUCAAUCUCGCCAACAGUAAGUUGCUCUCACUUAAUGAAAUUCUGACUAUGGAAACUUUACUUAAUGAACAAGGGAUAAACACAAAUUUUCCCGAGGAAGCCCUCCACUACGCUAAACCCAAAGUAGCAACCAAAGGUGAUCUUCUACUGUAUAUCUUGCAAAUUCCUAAAGUCACAGGAAAUUGCGAAAUUAUUAGGAUUAUACCCUUAACAGUUCAUGACUAUGUCAUAACACAACUCCCUCCACACGUCAUACGGAGUGGAAACGAUGUUUUUAGUACCACAAACCCAGAGAGCUUUAUCCAGCAAAGUACAUUCCUUGAACCACUAAGGAAUAAUUGCUCGCUUCAUAUAAUCCUUGGAAUAGAAAGCCAUUGUGAAGCGAAAUUCGAUGACACAACAAAAGUCACGCUAAUAGCCAACAACAAGUAUUCAGGUUGACGAUCACGUUUUCACUUCAGAAGAGUUGAUAAGCAAAACAAGAGAAAUUCAAGGAGCAUUUCCAAAUCUUGCGAUAAAUUGGAACAUCGCACAACGACACGAGAUACCCGUCAUCCAUAAUCAAACCAUGCAAAAUAGAAACCAAUUGGAGCACGUCAAACUGAAGCAGUACGAGCACAAAAACUUAUUGUUGGCCGCUUUUGGAGGAUUGUCAACGACAAUGGUAAUUUUAAUUGUCAUAGCAAUAAUCUGUAUUUUUAGAAAGAGAACGGUCAUCAAAAUUGGAAUUCAAAAGGACACCCCAUCCCAGGAGGAAUGAAAAGAAGUUCGAGGACGCCCU